CUAAAAAAAGGGUCAAAUUCCCCCAACUAUCAUAAUGCGCCAACUACCAGGUCAUUUCCCGUAAUUAAUCAUGAAAAUAGUAAUAAUUGGCGGAGGCAUCUCGGGAUGCACCGCAUACCUCGAACUAAAAAAGCAUCUUCCCAAACCACCCACUCCAGACCAGGAUCACGAAAUCACCAUCUACGAAGCCUACGACACAAACAAAGACACCACCUGCGACGAGCGCGAUGGCCCAACCCACUCCUCGACACUUAUCGUAGGCGGCGGCCUCGGUAUUGGGCCGAACGGCCUCAACGUCCUAAAACGUCUGGAUGAGGAACUUCUCCGCGACAUCGUCCGCGGCGGAUAUGUAGUCCCGACGUCCAACAUGAAAAACAAGAACGGACGUCUGCUCAUACGUAUGGACGCAUCUGAUGAGCCAUCGUCGCCAACUGAAUUACCCAUGCAUAUGGUCGGGUGUAGCCGACAUUGGUUCUGGCGGUGUCUCCGCAUGCGCAUCCCGGAUCGCGAUAUUGUGACGAAACGGGUCGCGGAGGUUAUUGCGAACUCGGACGGUCGGAAUGUAGUCCGCUUUGCUGAUGAUAGUCCCCCAGUAGAGGCGGAUUUGAUUAUCGGAGCGGAUGGUUUGAAGGGCAUUGUUAAACGGGCGUUAUUCCCUGAGGCAGGGGAGGAUCCGUUUCCACCUCAUUAUGAAGGCCUGUCCGGAAUCGGUGGUUUUAUUCCGGCAGACAAAAUCAAAGACGACGUCGAAAAAGGCUCGAUGAACUUCAUCAUCGGAGGUAAUGGCUUCUUUGGCUACUUCUACUCCGACAGUGCCCGAUCGGCACCCCACAGGGACUCACCACAUCACGUCUCCGAGCCAGGCGAGAGUCUCGGCUGGUGGUCAACUUACCAAGUCGAUGAGUGUCCGAACCCGAAAACCAUCGAUAAAGAGGAUGUCGCACGUCAACUGCGAGAACGCUACUCCAGCUGGAAAGAUCCAGUUAUUCAGAAAGUCCUCCAUUCACUCGAGGUCAGCAAUAUGUAUCCUACCUGGACGAUGCCACCUCUGCCGACCUGGGAGCGAAAUGGCGUCGUUCUUGUCGGCGAUGCAGCUCAUGCAUUGCCUCCUACUUCGGGACAGGGCUCAUCGCAGGCGCUUGAGGAUGUCGAGGCGUUUGUUCUAUUUUUAAGUCACUAUUUACGUAAAGAAUAUGAAACCAGGGGACCUGAUGUCGAUGUAAAAGGAGCGAUCUCGACCGCAGCUAAACCCUACAUGGAGCUACGCAUUCCUCGUGUCCGGGCUAUUCUCGAAGAUGCCAAGCAAAGACAGAACAUCAAGCGUGAUAUGACCGUUUUUGAGGAAUAUGUAAUGUACAGUUUUCUAUGGAUACUUGGGUGGUUUCCAAGCUUCUUUGCGAAGGAGAUGAAGGCCGUCUUCAAUUAUAAUAUCGCUGAUGAGGUAAAGAAGAUACUCGAAGGUAAAAACUAAUAUUCAACAGCACGCACACGCAUCUCUCCUCUCUAAUUCCACCAACAACAGUAUGAUUAUGUAGCAUCUAAACAUGUACACUAAGACAAAACACUACCCAGCUCAAACCCCAAACUUAUUCCUCGUAAUGUUCAUCAAUAGACUAAAGACUCUCUUACAUCCUUCUUUAUCCCUCUC